GGGUCGAGGUGACCACGCCACACCCAGCAGACCGAGGCAGAGUGCCUGUGCUGAAGGAACGGCUUGUGUAACAGCCAUAUCACUGGCACCGACAGCGACCAGUUGCGCCAGCACCGUGCCUUGUUGAAAUGUCUAGUACGCAUUCAGGCGGCGUCUCAGCGAGACAGGGGCUGAGAAAUAGUUGAGGAUAUUCGGACACAGUUCCUGAACAACAGUGUUUGCAUGCGUAUGUUUUUUGCCGUAGCUGUAGCUACUUUUUCGAGGAAUGAGAGGCGUAUGUUCGGCUCUUAAAAUGGGAUUGUUUUUGCACGCUGUUGGCUCUGUCUCCCCCACCGAGUCCGCAGCAGACAGGAGCCUACUGCACUGUGAAGGUGUUAACAACCAGAGCUACAUCUGUGAGUCUGGACACUGCUGCGGGGAGUCUCAGUGCUGCAGCUACUACUAUGAGCUCUGGUGUAAGUAUCCUGCCUCCACAAUCCUCAAUAUUGCUAGCCCCCACAGUUCCUUGGGUGCGACUUCCGGACCUUCGUUUCGUUGAACCGGCAUCUGCUAGAAUUAGCGGGUUUUGGUUGGUUUGGGCGAUCAUCUUCAUUUUGAGCUGCUGCUGUGUGUGUCACCAUCGGCGCACCAAACACCGGCUGCAGCAGCAACAACGGCAGCACGAGAUCAACCUCAUUGCUUACCGCGAAGCACACAACUACCCCUCCCUGCCCUUCUACUUCAGGUUUCUGCCAAACUACCUCCUGCCUGACUAUGAAGAGGUGGUCAACCGGCCACCGACUCCUCCCCCUCCAUACAGUGCCUUACACACAGGCCCAUCCCCCGUGGCUUCUAGUCCACUGGCUCCUGAGCAGCAGGACAGACACUGUCCAACUAUCCAGCCCACUCCGGUGACCCCGGUCUCCGACGGUCUGUGUUGCAGGCCCACCAUAGAGGAACCACAGGCCCCCACCUUAGACUUCAGACCAAAGCCUGACAAGUCCAUGCAGACAGCACAAGAUUCAGGCAUGAUACUGCUGUCAGAUGGGCUCAAUAGGGAGGGACUUAAUUGCCAGGAGAAAAGGAGUGGAGGUGGGGUUGACUCCUGCAAGGACGCACUGCUGAAGGACCUGUCAGAGGGUUGUGCUGAGGACAAAGAUCGACUCCCCAAUGGAAGGAGGAGGCGAUUCACUGGGGACUCUGGGAUUGAGGUGUGUGUAUGCGGCACACGUGGGAGCAGCGGUUUAAGUGGAGCUGGAGGGACAGGCCAGGAAGGCCAGGAGUUGAGGGAGCUAGAGAGCCUGCUGGGGUGCGAGGGACAUGACGAGGAGGAGGGGGAGGAGGCGGGCGACUUCUGUGACAGCUGCGGUCAUCGAGCCUCCUUCAGUGUAGAGGAGGAGCAGGCGCUGGGCGGGCCGGAGAGGCGGGUCGUGCGGGGGCCAUCAGGACCUCCUCAGCCGUCUCACCAGAUAGGAAGCGCUUCGCUUCUCCCUCCAGUGUGCCUCCUCCUCCACACCAUCAACGAGCAGGAGGGACCGCACCACAGCACCAGCAAUGAACCGCAGGGCUGAAACACAGUUGACACACCUUUGUGUCAUAGAGGGAAGGAGAGAGUACUUGAGACAGAGCGUAGAGGCAUAAGCUUUUGCAUUUGAGCAAGUGUUUUAUGUCUAAAUGCUUCCUAAGUGAGUAUUUUUAUGAAUGUGUGCAUCUUAGAUAAAACAGGUGGGGAGCAGGAUGUAGAAUCUCAACUAAAAACCACUGAGAUCCAAAGGUUGAGAAAGCCUACUCCUCCCCACACUGGAACAGUGGCCUUAACCUGUGUAUCUGGGGUUAUAUUUGGGCAGCACAAGCCCUUUAACAGCCUCUGGCAAUUGAGACUUCUCUCUCACACACACACACACACACACACACACACACACACACACACACACAGACAGUUGUCCUUCUCACACAACGAAAGCUACCGAUACACAGUCACAGACUCAAUAGCUGACGCUGUGACGUCAGGACAAUCACUGCCCAGGAUGAAUGCAGCUCUCCUCACCAGGUGCUUGCAACAGUUCUGCAAAGCUGUUCUCUGCGGGCAGGAAACGUAAAAAUUGUGGAUUGAGUGCAGUGUGGGAUUACCACUGUGUGCGCUUAUGCAAACUGAUUUCAGUACAGGGACACUAGAACAAGGCCGUGUGGGAUGUGCCGUUAGAAUUGUGCUUCGAAAGUGCUUUUUCAGCGAUUUAAAAACCGCUCUGCCUUGUGCUGUCUGUUGUUCUUUAUCUGCCCGGCUAGUGUUAGAGAGGUUCAUUAACAAAUUUUAAUGUGAGCAGUUCCUAUUUUGCACAAAACAUAUUUAUCUUUAUAAAUGAAGCUUUCAGCUAAAAAAAUCUUAACAGAAAAUGCUUUCAUUAAUUUAGUCUUAAAUUGCCUUACAUGAUUAGUCUGUAAGAAAUGGACCUCUGAGAAUUGUUAGUAGGGAAUGCAACAGAUUCACUUUAUACACAAUAAUUUUUAAAAAUGUAUUCCUUGAAUGUUUGCAGUACGUGCCUAACCCCCCCAAAAAUGCAGAAUUGUGAUGAACAACAAGCUUUAGUGAAACUGAGAAAAGAACCAAGAAAAGAAUAGUAAGCUUCUUAGAGAUUACAGAUGGGCAACAUCCGACCUCAAACUUUUACGUCAGUCACAUCAAUAGAUUACCACCUUCACCAGCUAUACAGUAUAAAAACAUAUGCAUUUACACUCUUUGUAUUGGAUUUUCAUAUUAGCACAAUUUUACCAUGCUUUAGCCGUGGUAUUCAUUAACCAAACUUUUCACAACAGCCUCUUGAAGGGUCCAUUAUGGCUGAUUUAAGUCAUCUGGACUAGUGUGAUUUUCACCAAAAUAUGGUUUGUUAACUUAUUUUUGUCUUCUGUAUUUGUGAUUUUCAAUCUGAGAGAUGAAAUGCUCCUUUUUAGGUCGAAAAAACACGUUUUAGUGUAUUGGGGUUUCAUCAUUUGAGGGAUAUUCAUCCAUUACUCAACUUUAUGUGAAGGUGAUUAAUCCUAUAAUGGCCAUUGUUGAGGAGCAAACGGCCAGUGUGCACACCAACAGAAGUAUUUAACCCAACAGGACAAUUUAAGAAUAAAAUUUCAUGUACAGUUGCGGCCUGCUGAGUGGAAAAAUCCCUCUUUUGGAAUGACAGCUAGAUAAAAAAUAAACUAAAACAACAGAAGCAAAGACCAAGAAACAGAUAUGGUAAUAAAAUAACAAUUUGAUUGUUGUCUUUUGUUAUUCUUAAUAUCUAAAUAUGUCUAUUAUAAACAAGAGUUUGCACAAUACGAUAUUUCUGACAGGCAUGUGUUUUUUUAUGAUGGACAAACAGUACAAGUUAACAAGCAACAUGUAUAACGCAGCACUGCAGAUGUAAAACAAAGACCACACAAAAACAGACUUGGAGCAUUAAUAAGUUAUCAGUUCCAUUAAUGUAUCUUCUUUGGAAGACUCUGAAAUGCCUUUAAGAUCCUGAAUGUUUUAAACCUAACCAAAUCUUACGGGAGCUGUAACACACUAGAUGUUGAUUUGAUGAUUAAUGAACACACAUUAAUGUAAAACAAAUUGAGCUAAGUAAAAUAUUUUCCCCUCUGAAAUGAACUGGAACUGGUGACACUACAGACUUUCCUUGGAGCACCCUCAAAAAGGCACAAAUUGCAAUGUCUGUCGAGCACAAAUGUUGCAGCCAUAUACCCUAAAACAAUCUAGCAGUGGAUCCCAGAAUGUCUAGCAUAUGUUCAAUUGUAAGACGAACUUUCUGUAUUAACAGUAAGAUGACUUAGUUGUACCCAUCAAUGCCUGAACACACUCUAAAGUGCUUUACAGUAUAUGUUCAUGCUUUUUGUGAGUUAGAAAGUAAUGUUGUGUAAUUGUGGUACAUGUAUUACCAAGAUGAGCUAUUUUCAGCUGAAUCCUUUAAACAAUUAUUGGAACUGUAUAAAAUUUCAGAACCACUUUUAAUAUUCUGUAACAUGUUUGUGAACCAAAUAUUAGCUUUCGUAAUUUAUGAAAUCAUUAGUUUUAUAGUUAUGGACAGAUUUUUCUCUCAUUGUGUAGGUAUUAUUUUUUCUGUUAAAGAAAGAUAUAACUUCUUUUGAGACUUAAUCCUGAAGUUGUGCAAAGGGUACGUUUGACUAACAACACAGUAGAUGAGUUAACAAUUUCAGGGGCAUCUUGCCAAAGACACGUUUUCUUUCCUCACCAGUGUGUGUGUGUAAGGUGGUUUUGCACAUAUUCUUUGAAUGUUCUGAUCAUAAGCCAUUUACUACAACAACCAUGAUGGGUGUAUGUUCAAUAAACAUACGAUUUUAAAUUCAA